AUGACUUGGUUUAAAAGAUGUCUACGUUACGAAACACCAUUCAUCUUCGUGUCGUAUGAGGUAAAUGAAGACCAAUGUAUUGAAAAGUGCAACGAGAUGAGUGAAUGUAUGAACCGCAAUAAUAUCCCACCCUCGGGCUUCAUAAACAUUUCCACCUUCUCCAUAACAAAGCUGCCCAAAAUCCGAAUGAUAAGUGUAGGAUUAACCUACGGUCGUCCAGCCCAGCAGCUCUUAUGGGGCCCAAGUUAUUAUUUACCACUGAGAUUUCCCAGUCGUCAGACAAGGUGGGAGACCUUCCAGCACUUCCCGCCCAGUAUUCACCACUGGGUCUCUUCGGUCGUCAGACAAGCUGCUGGAUCGUCCAAAAUCCGAAUGAUAAGGUUAGGAUUACCCUACGGUCGUCCAGCCCAGCAGCUCUUAUGGGGCCCAUGUUAUUUUUUACCAGUCGUCAGACAAGUGAAUGCUGGAUCGUCCAAAAUCCGAAUGAUAAGGUUAGGAUUACCCUACGGUCGUCCAGCCCAGCAUCUCUUAUGGGGCCCAUGUUAUUAUUUACCAGUCGUCAGACAAGAUGGGAGACCUUCCAGCACUUCCCGCCCAGUAUUCACCACUGGGUCUCUUCGGUCGUCAGACAAGGUGGAAACUGGGAUGGAGAAAGAAAGGGCACGUGGAAGAAUAGAGGAUGAAGCCUCUGUGCCCGAAGAAAACUGA